AUGGUGGCUUCAAAAAGCAAACCGGUAUCUGGCGGAAUGUUCGCGGUUUCCUCGCCGCUGGCGGGGAGUCGACGAACCGUCCACGGCGGCCUGAACCCCUUGAGUGUCCCCGGAGGCGUGUUAGGUCAGAAGUCGAUGCGUAUGGGUUCCAUUCACCUCGGAUCGACGCACAACUCAACGACCGCUCUGAAGACAACGCACCAGGAGAAAACCUACGCCAUGUAUCACACAUAUGCCGAUGCAGUCACGGAAAACGGCGGGCGACUGGAAACCGCUCACUGGGUCUCCUUCAUUCUUCUGCUCGUCGCCAUCCUUAUCACGACGUCUUCCAGUUUUUACUUCAUUGCGAGGAAAAACCUGGUGAUGGAUACUCUCGGCCAGCUGGACCAAGAAGCCGCUGCAGUCCGAAACAUCACCAUGAAGCUGGACGUCGCUGAGGCGACAGCCCAGUGGUCCUUUUCUGUCGACACGCGGCCUUUCGCCGAAGCAGCCGUCAUCACACCCGAACUCGUAUUCGCCGUGCAAACUCGCUUUGUCCGCGGAGCAAACACGAUUCUCUCAGCGCUGGAAAUCCUCCGCAGCGCCGACCUCGCGGCCUCGACCUCGUCAAAAUGCGUCAGCCCGGACCAAACGUCUCAGGGGGGCAAACAGCCGUGCCCGCUGAAAACGCUCCUUUCUCAGCUCCGCAGGAUCGACACAAAAUUCUACAACACAAUGAUGGCGAUGGUCCUAGAAGACAGACUCCAUCUCACGGAAGUCCUGAACGCCGUCAUUGUCAAUCGCCUCCCUGGCACAUGGCCAGAAGUCACGGGUCCGAUGUCGUUCCUCUUCUUCACUGCACGUGAACACGCAAAAGUAAAAGCCGCUGUCCAAAGCUACCUCACUAAACUGAACAACUUGACGGCAGACGUGGCGAACGAAUGGAAGUGGGAGAUCCCAAUCUGGUGCGCUGGCGCAACUGCGGUCGUCCUGUCGAGCGCUCUCGUCGGAUUCCUCAUCGCCAUCAUCGUCUUCGCCCGGAGAUUACAGAAGGCCUUCGAGAGCUGCCAAAAGGCGUUCUUCGAGUCUGUCGAAGAACUGCGGUCGAAAAUCGACGAGAUGGCCGACUUCAUGCAUGCGCUGUUCGAGUACCGCGUAACUGCCGCUCUGCACGUCUUGAACGGCGUGGCUGCUCUCUUGGGCGCCUCUUCUGCCUUGACGCCUUACCACCAAAAAGUCCUGAAAGUGAUGGAAAAGUGUGUUGUCGAUACAGAGGCUGCGACAGUCAACGCCAUCAGUUGUUUGUCCUCGGAAAUCGAAGUCCCCCAGCUUGGCACUGAAGAAACCAAUAUCCGAGCAGUUGUCGAAGACUGCUUAGAGAUCUUCUCUUCAAAAACUGAGGCUCGGGGUGUUCCAGUCACAUGCACAUUUGGGGCUGGGUGUCCCUCGGUCGCUAUGGCUGACUCGCAUAAGCUCCGGACGAUUUUGACCAAGGUUCUCUCCUUUGUUGUUGACCAUACUCUUGAGAAGGGCCGAGGCGUCGACGUCUUCGUCAACGCGAACGCAUCUGCAUCCCGCCCGGGAGAUUCUCUGGAAGAAUUUCGUGGUUUUGACAUUCACUUUGAAGUUAAAGGCCAUGGGGUGUACAUGGACAACCGCGAAGCGCAGGAUCUCGGCCAUCCCAAGAGUCUCCUCAAGAGGUCUGGGCACGGCCUGCGCAUGCUGUGCACGGCGAAGCUCCUGCAAACCAUGGGCGGCACCAUGCAGAUUCUUUCGUCGCCGUCUCGAGGGACAUUUGUAUCUUUCCAAAUUCGGACGCGCGCACGCUUUCGCCUCCUCGACUUCCACCGAGGCUUCCGAUCGUUCUCUCGCCAGCGGCAACGCAUUCUCUGGCUAGGGUUGACCCCGGAGACGUCCCGUGCGCUUCAGUUCCUCUGCAACGACGUCGGGCUCCAGUUCACCACCUGCUACUGUUUGCGGCAUCUGCGUGAAGCGCUAGAGACUGACCCCAGGGCGUUGUCGCUGGCCUUCAUCCUUGGGGAUUUCGUCAAACUCUCUGCUGACCCUGCCGAUCCGUCGUCGCGUCCUCUCAGUUCCACAGAGAUCUUCAAAGAGGCUCAGGAGGCGGCGGCGGCGGCUCGCGCAGGAGCUGCUGGCGCGCUUCCUCUCGUCAAAGUUUUCGUUUCUUCUCAAGGCGACAGCCGCGCCCAAGAUGGCAAGGAAAACGUGGAACACGAAGACCCGCUCCCCGACGAUGUCAUCAAACUCGUCGUUCCUGUCAGAACAGACGCGCUCGUUCAAAUCCUUGCGCGCGCGCUGGACAACGUCGAGGGAGGCAGGUCUUCUGAAGCGUCUGACGAAGAAGACAGUGAGAGUGAAGACGAUGGAGUUCAUCCGAUCCCUGGCGAGCCCAUCUCACCCUCGCCUCAGUCUGACCGCGGCAAAGAGGCUGCUGGAACCGUCCGGAAGUCUCUGUUUAUUCCCUCUCACGGCAAGAUCGAGCUUCUGCAACAAAAUUAUGGCAAGCGCGGAGAGGGUGCUCACGCGGAGAAAAAAAAGAGAAGUACCGUCCGCAUUUCGAUGGCCCCUCGGCGCACGAUGCGGCUCUCCGCCUCGCCACGGUCUCAGCGCGAGUCGUCGAUGGCGAGCGAGGGCAGUCGACAUAGAAAUCUGAUUUACUCUGUCUUUAAAGGCAGAGACGUUGCGCCGAGGAAGUCUCUCUUUCCCGGGGGAAGUUCGAUCCCUGAGCCUCUGCUGUUUGACGUGAACUCCGUCGUCCAAGCAGUGAACCAAAUCGGCCUUUCGCGCCCCGCUGGGCAACUCGCUGCAGCCAUCGCUGAGGCGCCGUUCCAGAAGGACUUGGACGCCUCGGCGAAGUUUGUCGAUGUCUUUGAUAGCUCUCUGGCGCUGCUGCGCUACUACCAGUCCCUUGCCCCCCACAAAGCGUCUUCGCAGAGAAGACGCGAAACGGGGCUGUUGAACGAUCCCGAUCCCCACGGGGUGGAUCGGACGUGGCGACCGCAGGCGAAGCGCAAAGACCCUCUAGCCACGAUGCGGUCGUUAUCUUCUCUUCACGCCAAGGUCCCAACAGAGCCCGAAGUCCAGGCCUUCUUCAAUCUCGCGUCUUGCGCCCUGACUCUCGAGGAGGAGCCAGUGAACAUUCACCAGGUGCUUAGCUGGGACUUCCACGUUUUGAACCUCACGCCCUCUAUGGCCACGCGUGUCGCCAGAGACAUUCUCCAUCAUUUUGCCGUGACGGCUCAGGUGGAAGUUCCUGGCGAGAUCCUCAUGGGCUUUGCCGUUGCGCUGUACAAAAACUACCAACCGAAUCCGUACCACAACUUCUUUCACGCUCUCAAUGUCGCCCAAAUUUGUUGCCUUCUCAUGGCCUUGCCGGAUGUAGCUGCUCAGUUCCAACCGAUCGACUACUUUGUUCUCUCUGUCGCGGCUCUCGGGCACGAUCUCGGGCAUCCAGGAACGAACAAUCUUUUCGUGAAUCGGAAUAACUGCAUGCCUUCCCGUCUCUACCAGAACCACUCAGUGCUCGAAAAUUACCACGCUGCUCUCCUCUUCCAAAUCCUUCGGAAUCCUCGAUUUAAUGUCUUCUGCUCCAUUCCGCCGCAAACGUUCUCGUCUUGUCGACAGCGCAUCAUCAGCGCGAUCUUGUGGACGGAUAUGGCCAAGCAUUUCGACAUGGUGGCGAGACUGAAGGAGAAGAUCGAGGGGGAGAUGGUGUUAACAGAGGGAAUUAUUGUCACGCUACAAAAGCCGUACCUGGAGGGGUUGCUCCUGCACGCAUCCGACAUCUCCAAUCCCAUGCUUCACUUUGACUUGUCCUAUGACUGGGCCGUUCGCGCCUGUGACGAAUUCUUUCAGCAGAAUAAACUCGAAGAGAAGCUCGGCCAACCGCCCCACAUGCCUGCCUUCGUGGAAUUCGACAUCUUCAAUGUUGCCAAAUGCCAAGUCAAUUUCAUCGACUUCAUUUGCCGACCGCUCUUUGGCAGCCUCGCGCAGAUGUUCCCCGCCCAGCUGGGGGAUCGCGCUGCGGAGCUCCGGAAAAACAGAAACAAAUGGAAAGCCAUCAUCGACGAGCGCACGCAGAAGUUGCCGUAG